AUGACGGUACGGAAGAGUGCUAGUUUCACAGUGUACGAUCACCAUCUGAAUUCCACAAGUAGUGACACAUCAACUUCAUCAAGUUCAUCAUCAGAAUCCAGUGAUACUCCACUGAAACGGUUCAACAAAAUAAUCCGAUCUUCAGUGGCUCGCCCCUGGGCCUACUUCAGGAAAGAUAGACGGAGAUUGAGGAGCAGUGAUCGAUGCAUUUCCGACUCAAACAUCUCUGAAUUGGUUCAUAAUGAUUCUCAUCUGGCGUAUUUGGACAUAUCUCCGGUUACCUGCCCCCGGCGCUCACUUCAAGUUGGCAAUGAACCAGCUGGGGUUAUACCCACUUUGUAUGUCACGUCGGCGGGAGGGUCCAGCAGCGCAGUAGGUGUCGAGGAGGCGAGCGACGGUAGUGACGCCGAGCGCCCGCGUAGGGGACAUCAUUUGCGAGUGCCCACACCGGCUUUUGUUGGACAGUCAACCGGGAACUUCUCAGCGGGCGCGGCGGGUGGCGGGUGCGGGGCCCCGCGCUCCGCUCCCGCCACCCCGCUGCAGCUCGAGCCACAUCCUCGCACCAAACAUGAUAAACAAACUUUAAAACCUCUGUCCGGGUCAGCGCCGUCAGUUCGCGUGGGGGCGUUGGCCAGCACAAGUGAUACAGCCGAAGGCAAGCAACCCAGUAAAGCACGCCAGAAGAAGUUCAUGAGACACUUCCCGCAGGUCGGCCCUGAGGAGCGGGUUGUCAAUUAUUACUCCUGUGCUCUGGUGGGUGACCUACUCCUGCAAGGUCACCUGUACAUCACCAAGAAUUACUUUGCUUUCUACUCGAACGUGUUCGGAUAUGUGACCAAGUUGUUAAUCCCGACGUCGUCCGUUAUCCGAAUAUCGAAAGAGAAGGUUGCCCGUAUAAUUCCAAAUGCAGUUGGCGUUUCCACUCGAGAUGAGAGGCACGUGUUCGGAUCACUGUUGUCCCGGGACGCCGCAUAUAAAUUGAUGACGCACGUAUGGAAAGCCGCCAGGCCCGAGUUGGCAACCCCAAAGGCACAGGAUUCCCGGACAUCAGAAGUUGAUUACGGUUCAGAGGACUCGCAUGAUGAGGAUAGCAGUUCGGGAGCCGGCGACAACCAUAACCCUGUCACACCUCCGGUGCGCAGGGAUUCCGAAACUGGUAUAAGUGCAUGUGCGACGGUCAUCCAACCAGCGCUGCUGACAGGCGGCGUGGUAGGCGUUGGUGCAGGAGUGAGACUGGGCGCGGCCGCGGGGCCCGGUACAGGCUCGCGGCGGUCCCGGGGGGCGACCUGCUGGCGCGUGCUACUCGUGGCCGCCACCGCACUGCUCACUAUCUCCGCCGCCCUGCUCUCCUACAAGCUUUACCUGACAAGGCUACAUCCACAGGAGGAACUAAACAAAUUGUCCGGCGAGGAAAUGUACUCUGAACUGAUGAGAUGGCGGACGCGACUGCACGGUCGGGCCGCUAACGAACUACAUGCCUUUCUUACCACCAACCUGCUUCUACUCACAAAGGUGCGGCAGUCCUUAGAAACAUUAUCAGGGGUGAUACUAACGGACAUGGGGCAUGGUUCAUCAAUCAUAGACACGCCGAACGAGACCGUCUUCAGUUAGCGGAGUCGGCGACAACAGCUGGUGUGCUUGUUGCCGUUAGAAUGUUGUGUGCCUCGAGUUAACGAUUAGUUGAUUUAAGAGUACAUGUUCAAGAGACCCUUCCAUAUAAGAUAGUCAUUCCGUGUCGCAGUCUCCCUUAAGUUUUUGCGAUUAUUAUUACAUUUACUGAUCUGGAAAUGUAUGUAAAAAUGGAAAAUAUAAUGAAUUAUAUUCAAGCUGUAACUAGAAAGACGAUUUAAAAGUAAAUAUUUACACAUUAUCAGAGCAGUCUUAGUAAAAUCACUUUAUAACUUAUUCGAUUGAAACUCAUAGGCAACUUCUGCAUUCGAUUAAAAAUUAUAACAUACUUUAUUUGAGGAGACAUAGAAACAAGGAUAGUAAACUUCACUCAAUAUAUGACACAUUAUAUUUAACAAUAUUAGUAUUGAUCUCUUUUAAAAUGAAAAUAGUUAUCAGUUCACAUCCUGAAACUUAUAUCGUAUUUUGGUUUCAACAAUACAUACAUAAAAUGUUACUGUUAGGUAUAUCAUUGCAAGAAGUAAAUUAAAUGUGAAACCAAGGAAGUCUGACGGACAAAAUAUGCUAAUAUUAAGAAAAAGUGUCCACAAAAAUGUCAAUCGCAAUACUUGCAGGCGACUGCGGCGUUUCCUUUUCCAUUGGCUGUAAACCCAAGUUUUGGAACUACUAACAACUCCUUACUACAGACAACACUUCUGAUAGAGAAAUAUAAUUUCUCAUAAUGAUAUUAAGUUCUAUUUAUGUUGCAUUAUAAACAUAUGACAACGAUUAUUUUUAAAUGAUUUUGUUAAUUAUUUCUCGUAAUUUAUUGUUCAAGUUGUUUAUACGAUAUUGAGGCAACAUUGAUUAUAUUUAUUUAUUGGCUAAUUUGUAUCAGAAUGAUGUAAUCCAGUAUAAUAAAACUUCCGUUAUCAAUUGAUUAAACAAUUCUUAGAAUUGUUUCAUAAUGUCUGAAGGUCAUACAUUAUCAGUCGCCAAAUAAUUUUAAACUGCUAACCGCCAGUCAUGUCUAUACUUCGAAACAAUGAAAGUAGGAUGAUAGAUAAGUUUAAAUUUUGAAACGGAUAUGGUGGUAGUUACUAAUAAGAGCUCAAUGUAGCAUUCAGUGGUAGGCAUUUAUAUUUUUUUUUAUGUAUAUACACACAAGUUGUCUGUCGUGUUGUUAUUGUCUAUACACUGUUAAAAUGUAUAACGGUAAUGAAUGUGCUUAAAAUAUAGCAAGUUCAUUACAAAUAAAUGUUAUUUUUAAUUUGUACAGAAUCAAUGCUAGCCUUUUAGCCAAUUUAAUCUAUGGAUACGUGAAGAAGUGAAUGAGACUGAUACAAGUGAAUGAUUUUGCAAUAUGUAUUUAUAUCCAUGUGAGGCGGUUUUCGAUUGCACUUUAAAGGGAAUAUAUAGUACACUUUGACUAAAUAACCGCUUAACGUACAAGUACGCUACAUUCUAUUUAUUUCAUUUAGUGAAUCAAAAUACAAAUAAGCUCUUUGGUAAAUUACUAAACUGCACUUAUUUUCUAACUAACCGCACAUUUAAAUGAUAAUUGAACUUGCUAUAUAAAUUAUCGCGGUUGCAGUAGUUUUGGAUUCUUAGUCUGCAUCAGGAAUUUAUCGUUUUAACAUACCUAUAUCUUGGAUGAUUGAAUGUAAGCCAAUGUAUAAAUAGUGUCCUUUAUAUAGUCAACGUGUACUAAAGCCUCAACGUGAAAUGACAUGAAAGUAGGUUUCCCUUCAAGU